AUGCAAGGGGCCUCUGCAUCAGUUACCCCGUUCAUGGAGCCGCAGCGUCGGCCCUUGGAGCGCAUGAAGGAGAACUUGAUGCAUCUGCCCGUACCCUUGAUGCCGGACAACAAGCUUGUCUCCUCUGACUCCCCGUCCCUGAGCGCCAUCGGUCGGAAGUUCAACUAUGACAUGUCAACAGUCAUGGGUGAGCAGAAGGAUCGUAGGAUGAGACUGAAGAAGGCUACAGCUGUGGAGAACAGCUACCACGCUAGCACGCCAGAGAAGUUUCAAGGGAGCGAGACUGUGGAUGACUCUCAGGAGAACGCUUCUCUGCUCUCUGAGCUUCCUGAGUUGGAGCUCUGCGAUGUCAGUCCCUUCACAAGGCCGGCAGCGGUAGAGGAGCAGGGGGUUCAGGAUCGGCCGAAGUCGUCGCCCAUCGUGGUGUCAUCACAACCGCUUGCUCGAGCAAACGCAGAGCAGUCUUAUGGACAAUUCAGGAUGCACAGCAAGAGGGCAGAACAUGACGAGGAAGAGGAGGGAGACGUCAAGAUUGCUUGCAAGCUCCUCGUCGAACAGUUCGACGUGCUAGAGGGCCUGAGGGAAGAUGGGGAGGGGGAACAAGCGCCCGCACCGUUCCUUGCCCUCGGUGCUCACAACGAGACGCUGGAGGAGAAGUUGAGGAACCUCGACCAGGCGUUUCAAACUCCCUUCGCUGCAAGGAAGAUUCGUAUGCAAGAAGACGGCGAGGGAGUAGACGGCCGAGAGGAAGGAGGGCAAGUGCUGGGAGAGGAUGAAAAGGAUGGCCAGAGUUUCACAGCCGAUUCACCUGACUUGGAGAGGGAGCGAAGAGUUCGUGCACGAGAUUCAGUCCUCAGUGAGAUCAACAGAUGCUGCGAUGAGAUUGCUAAGAUCAAUUCGUCAGUCAAGGAGAUGAGAUUGGAGAUUGAAGACAUUCGAAACAUGUACAAAGAAGUAUCACAAAGACAAGAGAAGAUCAGCGAGUUUAGAGUCCCUGCUCCUGCUGCCAAACCCUCCCCCCGCGGCUCUACCCUUACUCCCUUGGAAGAAACCUGCAGGAACAUCGUCGAUGCUCUGUCAAGCCUUUCCGGGCCCCCGCCCCGUGUGCACCCCAUUCGCGAUCUUGCUGACGUUGACCCGAAAGUCCUCUACCUUGUCAGAUGUCGAGCGUACAUGAGGUGGAGGAAGAAGGCGAUGAGCGAGCUGCAGCAAGAGCAUGUCAACAGCAGGGAGAUGAUCGAAGUUUGA